CCAGACUCGAUGACAGCCCAAGGGCGCUUCACGCAUCUGUUGCUUCGCUGCAAGAAGAACCAGGUGUGGGAGCACAAAAAAAGACAGUGGCGGCAAGAGACCUGGUGAGCUGGGACCAGCACACCUCAAUCAGCCAAGUUCCGAACUCUGAUCUUCACUAACCUGCUUAGGCCUGGAUCCCCUCCCAAGCAACCUAAGUGGAGGCCUCUGGAGCAGCCUCAGAGAGAAGAUGCUGUGGAGAAGGGCUGAGGGGAGACCAGCGGGCCAAGGGACAACUUGGGAAGAGAGAGACGGGAAGACAGAGUCUGGGGGCUGGGUGGAGAAUGGGCUCCCAGCUUUCAGCUCAAAGCUCCCCAAACCGAGGGGACCCUCCCCGCCAGCCUCCGGGAAGCCUCUCUGCGCCCCCUUUUCUCUUGUUCUGUUGCUAGGGAUGCCGGAGCAGGGGAUUCGGUGGAGGAGACAGCGCUGGGGGCGCAGGAGAGAGGUGGAUAAGGGCGCGGUGGCCUCCUUGAGGAUCCCCGAAGCCCUGGGCGGUGCACGCUGUCUCUGGCAGGUGCUUUUGUUCCCUGAUCCUACCCCGGGGGGACAAACACCCCUUACCCCGCCUUUGACCUGCAGGACCUUGUGCCCAUCGGGCGGGGCUGGACCCCAAGUCGCCCCAGUGAGAGCUGCUACCCCAGGUUCCACCUGCGAGCUGAGCUGGAAGGCAGUGCACACGCCCUUGCGCGGGAGCCGCUGGGCUGUGGCGGCGGGUGAUGUUCGCAAGGAUACAGUUACUGCAGGCGGGAACGAGGACCCCACCCCCGCCGCGGCUGCCCGAGCCUCCGAUCGUUAAAGAAACAGGCAUCUAAUCAGCUGUGUGGACGCAGGGACGGGAAAAGCGUAAAUCCUAAAUUCCAAGGCGUGAGAGCACAGUGCCACAGAUUCAGAAGGUGACGAACCCGGCUUAAGCUUUCUCCAGGCUUGGGGGUCAUAAACCCAGACGGACCCGGGGCCGAUAGCCUGAGCCCAGGGCCGCUCCUCGAGGACUGACUUCUGACUUCAACCUUACGGACGGACGCAUACCGCCGGGAGGGUGCGAAGAGUUGAAAUCUACGGGAUGGGACUUGCUAUGUCCUGGGUUCCGAGCAUGCGCAGGUCUCUGGCCCGGCCCUGGUCCGCGCGCGCCCCCUGCUGGAAGCCGCCUUCUGAACCAAGGGGCGGGUGGAGACCAGGCGAGGCUUUCUCCCUUUCUGCCCGCGCUCCAGUGGUGCACGCGCUUCAGUGGGGCACGCUCUCCGUGCCCCCUCAGCCUGCAAUCCAGGAUAUGCAACCUCCCCUCCGCUCCUAUCACAGGGAUGCAGUUUCAGGUGCGUGAUAUUCCUAGCUCGGAGCGCUCACGAGUGCCCCCUGAAGGCUCCUUGGGAAAAAGCUCUCUAUGACCACACUGUCAUGAUUAGGACAGGUUCUAGGAUCAGUCUCCAUCGUGUGUACAGCUGUGCAACCCGGGCCAACUUACUCAACCUCUCUGUGCAUUAAGAAAAAAGAGCAUAAAUUAGAGAGCCUGCGUUCGGGGUCCUUGUGAGGAUUCAGUCAGUCAAAGUAUGCAAGACACUUAACAUGUGGCACUUCCUGCUCAG